UUCCAUCCAGAUAGCAGUGUUGAAAAAUGAAAGUCCACAAGUCCAAGAUAGUGUGACUCCAAUUUGUGUUGAUUUGUCUAUCAAACUGACAACUAAGGCCACAAAUAUGUUGGUCAAAAGUGAGCCAUUUGAUUACAUGUCACUCAAUGACAUAACUGACAUUGAGACGGCUUUGCUUCAGCAAGAAAUUUUUGGAAGCUCCUUACCAGACUCUGCUGAGCAUGAUUGUGACGACUUCUUGCAUAGCCUCUCCGGUGACAUUGGGCUGUGUGAGACCCGGGACCCAUGGAGCCCACCUCACUCAAGCGACUCCAGCAGCCGCAGCAGCACAAUCGAUGACAAGAUGGAGGCCAUGGACUUGGUUCCAUCUCCUCUGUGUAACCCUGAUUUACUGGGUGAGAUGCCAGCUUUGCUGUCUGAAGACAUCUCUGAUGAAGCCAUACUGGAGUACUCGCCGUCACUAGUGCAUCAUCUGUCACCUGAGCUGCAAGACGCCACCAACCCUGCACAAAUGUUGUGUAGCUCUAACACGAAGCUCAGCCCGCUUGGUGCAAGCAGCAGCAGUAGUAGUUGUGGGUCAACAUCGGCACAUUCUCCCCUGUCCAUCAAGACAGAGAACUCGUGUGGCAGUGACUGGUACCAGCUGCUGGAGAGUCCUACCUCGUCGUCUGAUUCUGCCGCCGCUGCUGUGAACAUGCCAACUUUUUCUAUAAUCAAACGGGAGCCAAGACAAGCCUGCUUUGUGAACGGCAACAAACCCUCCACCACGACCAUCAUCACCACCACCACCACCAACAACACCAACAAUAAGAUACUCACAUUCAACACCAACUCAUUCACAAACAAAAGCAACAAUACUAACAGCACGGUCGGCUCUAACUACAAUUGUGAUGUGCUCAGCAGCAACAAGCCGUUCACUCCCACCAGCAAUGGAGUCACGGGUUAUAAGUUGUCUGCUAAUGGGACAAUAUCUGCUACAAAGAACGCUCCCACUCUUAAUAAAAUUAGUAACAGUAAUACUAAUAACUUCUUAACUUUGUGCAUCAAAAGUUCCCCUCCCUCAUCCCCCACCGAUGACGUGUCCCCAAGGGCGUCCCCCCUCCAGCUAUCCUCCCCUCCAGCUAAUGGGACAAUAUCUGCUACAAAGAACGCUCCCACUCUUAAUAAAAUUAGUAACAGUAAUACUAAUAAUUUCUUAACUUUGUGCAUCAAAAGUUCUCCUCCCUCAUCCCCCACCGAUGACGUGUCCCCCAGGGCAUCCCCCCUCCAGCUGUCCUCCCCUCCCACCAGUCCCCCUUCUACCACCCCUAAGUAUAAAGUCGUCUCCAUCACGACCAAGAAAGGUGGAGCGCCGUUUGUUGGUGCCUCAAGGGGCGGUGCCAUAUCCAAGACUAAGAGGAUACAACCUAAAGUUUCCGUACACACUUUGUUGGCUGCUACCACCAACUCUGUUAUGUCUCCUCCGUCCAUGGGAUGUAGUGUCGGUGCUCUAGACUCGUGCACUUAUGUUGACAAUAACAAUGGCUUAUUUACUGCUUGCCAUAAAGUCAACAGCGGUGGUUUGAAGAACGUCUUGAGUAGCACUGUGAUGAACCGCGACGCCGCAGGUGUUGUUAUUGGCAAAAGUAAUUCUGUGAACGGGAACGCUGCUGUUAUUAACGGUCAUGCUACUGUAAUAAGUACAAGCAGUCUUGUAAUGAAUGGUAGUAAUAGCAUGAUCAGCAGCAAUGCUGUUUUGAAUGGGAAUGCAGCAGCGGUUUUCAACGGCAAAAUUCCCCUGAGUAGCAGCAAGUCGUGCAGCAACGUGAGCUCCCUGGCUGCUGUAGUUCCUUCGAGUACAACUAUUGGACUGAGCUGCCUGACUGCAAGUCCUGUGUUAGUGAAUGGCUUGAGCCAGAGCAACGUCCCACUGUCGCAUCAGACAAAAGUCUUGAAGCGUCACGAGCGCAUGAUCAAGAACAGAGAGUCGGCGAGUUUAUCCCGUAAGAAGAAGAAGGAAUAUGUCACCAACCUCGAGAACGACAUCGCCAACCUCACCCUCGAGAACACCAAGCUCAAGCAGGAGGUGUCUGCUCUGAACAGUCUAUGCUCAGAGCUGCAGUCAGAGAAUGCUGCUCUGAAAAAGCGUCUGCUGAGCACUUCUGCGUCUUCUGUGCUACCGUCUUCUACGGGUGUCAAAUCCAUGGCGCCUGUGCUGCUCACUGUCUUCUGUCUGCUUGCCUUCACUCUGCCCAGCCGAUUGUUACCGUCGUCUCCUCAGUCCGGUGUUUUAGUCCCGAACUCGUCGCCAUUAUCUCCACCUUCUUUGCUGGAGUCCUCCGCGUCAUCAAACUUGCGUCACUUGUUGUGGGUGACGGAAGACGCAAAGCUGAAUGAUUCUUCCCUCUACUUCAACUCCUCCAUGUGUCCUUCUGUGCUCAAUGAGACCGAGUCCUUGAGGUUAGAGAAUGAGUUGCGCGACUGGUUCCAUAACAAAGUCAAUCCUGAGUGGCCCCGGGACCCCUCUUCCUCCCUUUCUUCCCUUCGGUCUCCUCAAACACAUCUCGCGUCCGCAAGUCAUCAAGACCACAAACUAGGACGAGAAGCUUGGCGAGCAAAAGGAAAAGGAAGGAAGUCUCGACUACGGCAAGCUGCAUCACAUACCAUCACGAACUCAAAUUCUGGAGACACCUCAACCUGGGCGUCGCAUGUCAGUCCGUCAGUACCGGCGUUGGCUGACAACAGAGCUUUGUCGCUGCCGCGCGAGCGACUUCCUGCUGUGCACUUGUUCUAUGGCGACCCUCCCCCGCCUCUCACCAUCGACCCCUCCAUCACUCGAGGGCGUGCGGUGACGACCACGGGGCUACUCGGCGUGUCUCCAGAAGGCGCGCCGUCGCUGCUGCAGGUCCUGCAGAGUAGACCAGAGUCCUACUACGUCGUGUCCCUCAGCCGAGACCUGCUGCUCGUGCCUCCCCAGCUCCAUAACUCCUCCUACACCUCCAGACCGAAAAUGACGCUGCUUGUGCCUGCUCCGGUGUCCGGCUCCAAUUCGACUGGAGACAACGAGGUCUCCAUGCUGCAGAUAGACUGCGAGGUGCUCCAUACCAGCCUCCUCAGUGUGGCCAGUGGCGUCAGAAGCGACAGGAACAACCGCGGUAAUGACAAUAAAAAUCAACGCAGUGAAGACAGCAGUAGCAGCAAUGACGUUAGCAGUAGCAAUGAUGCCGUCAGAAGUAGCAGUGACCGCAGUAAAGGUGAUGGUGCAGCCUCGCACUCUGAAGACCUCGAUUUGCCUUCGCCGCCUCCUCCGGUUUGGCGUCAACGUAAAGCUUCUUCCUCCAGCCGCAAUUUCUUGGCUGAGAAACACCCUGGUUCCUACUCCAGUGAACUCAGUCCCAGCAGCGAUGGACUGAACUACCCUACAAACUCCAGCAACCACGACAACCAUACCAAACACUCUACCUUCACUGAUGACUCAUCCAUGCUGUCUACUUACACCAGCAGUAGUGAUAAUCAUACCAGACAUGAGCCUGGUGCUGAAUAUACCAGUUACACAAGCGAUAAGUUCUCCAGUUAUGAUGAGGUUCUGGGAAAGCCUAGCCGCGUGUUGCCCAAGUGGAGUGGUAAGCUGCAGGACAUUUUUGAGAACGCGAGAGUCAAUGAAAUAGAUCCUCGAACACCUGCCUUGAAUCCUAAAUUUGAUCUUGCUUCAAAUGGUAAAUUUGAGCCAGAAUUGAAUUUAAAGUUGAAACAUGCGCCUGAUGCCAGUUUGAAUGCAUCAAAUGCCAAGUUUAAAUUAGAAACGUCAAGGCGGAGUAAGCGAAAAGUGUGAUGAAAGUUGCUGCCUAAGACCCUUUAGCCUGUUGCUACCUUCAGUCAUUUGUCUGUUAAUCCUAAAAGUUUCAACAGAAAAAAAUGAGUUGAUUUUGCACCAACGUCUUUCCAUCGCACAAUGUUUAGAACAUUGAUUCCUUGCUGAUUUACUGCUUGCAUUGAAACAGAUAUCUGAGAUGCAAUCCUUAGUACUUACAAACCGCACACAAAUUCAUUCCAGAUCCGUAGUUUUUUAUUGUUCGCUAUGUCCGAAUGGCAAUUAAGAGCGUCUAUUUCCGUCACUAUUCCUGUAUUUCAUCAAGUCUUCAGUCGCCAUUUACGAUACUAUUGUUUCAUGCUAUUUUUGGAAGAAAAUGAGCUUAUUUGAGCUUUCCUUCUUCUGUAACUUGAGAAGAUAAAUCUACAUUAACUCCUCUCUGCGUGAACUAGUUUGCUGCACGUUUUGCGUUCCUAAUUUGAUGUUAUUUUAAGUUUGACUGUGCAUUGGGUUGCACAUUCUCUCGUGCAUUUCCUAAGGUAUUGAUUCUUUUAUAACCUCAAUAAUUUAAGUUAUUUUCAAGUCCCGAAGAGGUUUGAUCCUGAAACACGUUUCUGGUAUUGACUUAUGCCUCUAACUAAAAUCAAACUUAGUAUCUGUGAAUCGUAUUUGUUUUAAUUAUUUUCAACACCCGUUUGUUUCAGAAGGUUCAUUUUGAAUGAUUGAUUUUGCUGUGAAGCAAAUCGGUGUAAUUCGUUAUGCAAAUGACGUGUUGUUUUCCAGCGCUGUUUCAUCAGUCGGUAUCUGUUUUACCGAGUUCUAGUCCCAAUCAAAUUAUAAACUUUACAAGGUCCGUAGUGGAGACCUGUGUUUAAAUACGAUACAAAAGCAUUUAUUUUCGAUGUUCUGUCGAAAUAUUUUCAUUAGUCAUUAUAGUACAUCGACUAAAAGUAGCAUGCAGUUUUAGAAAUUGUUUUCCAAUAUGUAAUAACGUUUAAUUUUUUUAUUCGCGUUUAUCUUUGAUGUUGUGUGACGGUUACACCUGAACCUUUUUUAUCUUGUGCUACCUAUAACAAAGUUGCUUCAUCGGCUUUAGUUAUUCGUUCUACCGUUUUUAUUGCAUUCAUAUUGUUUCAUUUUUUAUCAAAUGUUGGUAAAUUGUUAUAUUUUCACUGAACUAUAUAUUCACGAGUGGCUUCAUUUCGACCGGCAACAUAUUUUCCUUAUACAGUCGGGAAAUACAAGACCAUACGUUACAUCGGAUUAAUUAUCAAACAGACUUGGCAUCAUCCUAUGGAAAAAUUUUCCGAUAUUAUGUGCACAAUACGAGUUGCUCCUGGAAGUGCAAUUCAAAUGUCUAUUAUAGAUGCUAGAGUUGCGUAAUAUAUUUAUAUUUUUAUUGUUUUGCACAGUCUAUUACACUAGCCUGUGUGCUCUUCAGUCUCGAGUUCUUGUUUGUUUUAAUGCCUUCAACUUUGAUAGCAAUUGAUUUCUGUCGUGUUAAGUUUGACUUGAUUUUAUGUUUGGGGUUCCUAGACCUUAACUCGACAUUCCUGAGUGUGUAAGCCUAUUGAGUCCUCAUUUUCUUACAACGAAAAUUUGAUGAAGAGCCUCAACUUCUCACUUAUCAUUCACUGGAUUCAUCAGUGUAAUGCAAGUUGGGGUUCUACUUGUAUGGUUUGUCCACCCGCUGUAUUUUGGUAUGUGUAGCGUAUCUUUAUUAUCUGUCUUUUAUUUGUAUCUCUCUCCAGAAUCUAUAAUGAUAAUCAAAGUAUUCAAUGCAGUAAGAUUAUUAUCAGAUAAGUAUUGUUUAUUUUUCAGUAAUUUGUUUCUCUAAUUUUUGUAAUCAUCCCAAAAAUUAUCGCUAGGGAAAAAAAACCAUGUACUAAACUUUUAUACAUUUUAAUACUUAUGUGAGGUGUGGUCUUCUUGUAUUCGAUUACGUAGCUUAGACUAAAUAAGGUUUCACUUUGUCUAACGGAACUGAAUUGUGCGAUGCAACGAAGUGUGUUUUCCCACGUUACCUAUAUAUUGAACCAAUUCUGUUACGUGAUUAGUAAUGAAGUCUCAGAUAGAAUCCUUUAUAAAAAGGACAGAAAAUUGAGCGGCAAAUGAACGAAUGAUCUCUUGUGAGUGAUAAGAGCACAGAAUGGUUCCUUAUUGUUGGCAUCGGUUGUUGCACUCGAGGUAAUUACUGGUCAACAGGCGAUAUAUUUGUUCAUUACUAUCUGCUAUCACUUCAACACUUGCUUAUAAGAUUAAGCUAAUUUAAUGCUGCAAGCGAUCGUGGGAGCAACAACUUCUUAGCUUAGGUACAAAUUCUAUUUCACAUUCAUCGAACUAACUUGAAUAGGUCGUUAGAUUGCAGCGAGUAUUUCUCAACAAUGAAUAUCACCGUUGAAUUAGGGGAUCUAAUCUGCUGCACCAUAUUUUGCAGACUACCAUUAGAUUCAAUGCAAAUUCCGGUUCUGUUAUGUAUUUUUGAUUAAUGGGAGCUUAGUACAAUCUUGCGUUACGGAGCCUUUUAAAUUUCUGUGUCGUCUCGAAAUAAGAGUAUUUUUUUUGUAUUAAAAGCUACAUCGAAAAUUCAAUAGCUGCAACCUAAAUGUACUAUGCUCGAAUGAAGUACAAUAUUGAAUAAAAUCACUUGAAUUUAGGUAGAAUAUUUGUCACUAGACUUGGAGCUUUUUCGAAAAUAGCAGUAGCUUAGGUUGGCAAGUUUCAUCGUUGACCGCGCUGAUGUUCUGGGAAAGACUGCAUUUUCUAUGUUAUGUGUUAAUGUGUGUUUGAAAUUCCAUUAUAGAUUAAGUGGUUGUGAAACUUUUAUGCACUUUUGAUGUACAACAAUAAAACUAAUAUAUGCCUUACAA